CAAAGGCUAAUUGCAAACAAAGUCAAAUGUAGCAGCAUUGGUCUUCACUCUUCCAGGGUGUGUGUGUGGAACCAACUUCAUCGUCCGAUCCAACGCUAAAACCUGACGCGCGGUGGCGGUGACAGCUCCGCCGCCGUCCUUCAGACUUCAUUCUCACGCUGCGGUUCCAUCUCCGACCAACUUCCUUCUUCAUCAACCUCGGCAUACUUGAAGUGGAAAACGAAGGGAUAAAAUGUCAGGUAAUGGUGACCAGAUUCCUGUAAUGUUGUUUUGGGGUGGAGAAAUGGUAAGCUACGGAGAUCACAAGUCUGUAACUUAUUCAGUGCCCUCGAAGGCUAUGUGUUUCUUGAGUCGCAGCAGCAGGCAUGAUGAGCUUAUGGCAGAAGUGCACACUGCAAUGAACACAAGUGAAGAUGACACAAAGCUCACUUUGUUUGGAAGGUACCCAUCGAUGAUUCCGGGCGGGCAAGUUCUAUUUGUUUCUGUUCCGCUCACUGACAAUAAAUCCUGGCUGUGGUUUUUGGGAGCAACAUCGGUUUUCCAGCCAGUGCAUGUGUAUGUCGUUGCUGAAAACAUAUCAAAUGGUUCAAGUGUCCAGGAGAAUCAGAGGGUUGUGCAGGGAGGACCUCUUCUUAAGCGUUGUGCUAAUGGAGUUGGUUCUUCGAGGUUGGAUGCUAAUGACAACACUUUGGGUGUUGAAGGCAAAAACAGAGCCAAUGCUGUUGACGAAGAAAGAGUGAGGAAGAUUCGUAGGGUUUUACCGGUUAAUCCGCUUCCCGAGCACAACACUCGCAAGGCCCGUUCUUCACAUGCACUCAAUGGUGGCAAUGCUGCUGCUACAGCCGCUAGAGAUGAGCAAAAGAAGAGAAGGUUGGAAGUUAUCCUCAGCCAGUUAACUCCUCGAAAUUCUAUGCGGGUGCUAGAACAAGUGAAAGAUGUUAACAUUGAUAGUGCUGAAUGUCUUGCUGCUCUGGCUCAAAUAGCAUACAACAAAGCUGUGAUGGAUCCUGCUUUCUGUGAGAUGUUGGUAGAUAAUAUCACUCCUCUUGACAAUAUGUUGCCGGCGUAUUUCAUGGAUAAUAAGGUGUUCAACUUUACGAGUUGUCUUUCAGAUUGUUGUCGUAAGGAACUUCAGAGAGGCAAAGGAGAUGUAGCCUUUGCAGUUCAUGAUGACUGGAUACGUAAGAAAUCGAAGUUGGGCAAUGUAGAAUUAAUUGGGGAACUAUACAUGAAAAAGCUGGUAGAAGAAGGAAUCGUGCAUAGUUGCAUCAAGAAAAUACUAUGGGAGUAUGAAAAUCCAGACGAGGCAGAUAUUGAAGUCCUUUGCAACUUGAUGUACAGAGUUGGUGAAUCCAUGGAUAACCCCGAAGUUAACAAGCCAACAGAUAUGGAUAUGUAUUUUGAAGAGAUUUCUAGAUUGUCCAAGCACCCAAAUUUGUCUUCUAAAUUGAAGAAUAUUUUGGUUGAUUUGGUUGAUCUGAGAAAGAACAAGUGGCAGCAUAAACCUGCAUACCCAAGCCACCUAACCCUGAAUAUCAAAGUGAUGGACUUUGGUGGCUUGCAACCAAAAUUUACUCUCAAAGUCAAAUCGUCUGACACCAUCUACGAUAUAAAGGAAAUGAUCAAGGCCAAGGAAGGCUUUCUGAUGUGCAAGCAGUGGCUCUACUACAAUGUCGUCAAGCUUGCAGACAACUACACAGUUGCCCACUACAACUUGCAGAACAACUGCACCAUACAAGUUCACAACAUGCAUUAGUUUUCAGGACUUGACGGGGAAAAAUGGUUGUCUCAAUGAACAAGACAAACAUUUUUCAGGAUUUGACGGGAACAAAGGUUGUCUCAAUGAACAAGACAAACAUGCCAGAGAGUAGUAACUAGGAUCGGUGGUUGAUGAUCUCCAUGCCCAAAUUAUAAUUUCAUGUCGGUUUCGGUUCCUAGAUGUUGCCUUAUUGUUGCUUUAUUCCCAUUAUAAGAAUAGAGAAUUAUGGUUGAGUUAUGAGCGCACCGCGCACACAUCUUAUGUUUCAUGUUUGGGAAUAAACCAAGGGGUUAUUCAGGUUUAUUCAAAGGGACUACUCCUUCACCUUAUCUUCACCCUUUAUGUGGUGAUCCAUGUAUGUGUCUGUACUUAUUAGUACUAAUCAAACUUUGUCAAUAUCAUUUCUCUUGUAAAAUGUUCUUUGU